AGUAGAGAACAAGCAAGUAAACUCGAAACAAGCCAAGUUUUAUUCAAGUGAAAAGGUGCCCUUAUUUAGGUUACGCAAGCCAAAAGAACCUAAAAAGCAAGCAUAAUGAGAAGAAUAAGUUGUGUAGAUUAUAUUUAGGUAAUGAGUUAAGAGUUAUUUCAAGUGGCGACGAGGAUAUUCGAACAAAGCUGAACAGUGUGCUUAUCACCAUGUGCUCAUAUUUAGAUUAUGGCCGACAGCCCAGAAGAAACAUCGUUUAUUGAUCUGUCCGAAACGUGUCCAUCACCGCUCUUUUUGGACGUAGCAGAAGAUAGUUCGCCAGGAAACAGCUUGGAGAACAUUGUAGAAGAAGAAGUCGAGGGUGAAGAGCUCAAUGAAACAGUAAGUCAACAUUCAAAAAUGACGCCUCAAAGACCAAGGAUUGAACCUUAUGAUCCAAAGGGUGGACUAACCUUUGACGAAUACACCGACCGAUGGGACUUGUAUUUUGAAGACCAAGGGAUUGAAGACGUAACAAAGCAGAGAAACGCAUUUCUGACGAAUAUGGACAGCAAAACUUAUACCCUGAUUAUAAAUUUGCUGAAACCUAAAAAGGUAAAAGAAGUGACUUUGGCUGAGCUCUGGAAGGUAAUGGGUAAAUACUUUCAGCAAGCAGAACCAACUAAGUCUGUCCAGAGGGAUAGAUUCCAUGCCAGAGUACAGCAACCUGGAGAGCCAGCCAUAGAGUUUAUUACGGAGUUGUCAAGAUUGGCAGACAAAGCUCAAUUCAAGGAGAGAGACGAAGCAAUGGUGGCCAGGAUGAUAUCUGGUUUACGUGAUUUGAAGUUAAAGGAGAGCCUUCUCCUUGAACCAGAUGACAAGUUGACAGUCGAGUACGUGUCAACGAGGAUUUACGCACAUGAGCGAGCAGAGGCUGCGGCAAAGGAGUUGUCUGGUGGACAAAAGGGAUCGCUGCACCAAGUUGUGCAGAAAAAAGCACCUGACAAGGACCGCCAGCCAAAUUGGAAAAGAACAAAAGGUGGGCUGUUGGGCCAUUAUGAAGAAAUGCAGAAAAACAACCAGUGUUUCUGCUGUGGAAAAACAAGUCAUAUGAGGGAUGACUGCAAGUUGAAGAAAAAGUUGUGCCAAUUUUGUGGGCGAAUUGGGCACCAAGAAGAUGUCUGCUACACCAAGAAACUAAAGCAGAAAAGCAAAACGACUCAUCACUUGGAUAAUGAAGAAAACUCAAGUGAAGAAAGUUCUAGUGAAGAAGACGAGGGAGCCAAAGGAGGUGCUCGAAGACAAGAAGAAGCAGUCACAAACUACCUUUUGAAAAUGGAGACUAAAUGCGAGAAAUUGUCCAGUAAGAGAAUUUUUCUAGACAUCCAAUUAAAUGGGCAAACUUUGCCAAUGGAACUUGACACUGGAGCCUCAUAUUCACUGAUUGGAGGGCAAACGUUCAGUGAGUAUUUUCCAAAAGGAGCUCAGUUGCAGCCAUCGAAUGUAAAAAUGAAGCCUUGGGGUGAUGGCCCUGAAAUUAGAGCAGCUGGUGCAUUAAUUGUGCCUAUUUGGCUACAAGGAAGAGAAGAGCCAGUUCAGCUUGAACUGCUAGUGAUGGAGCAACCUGGGCCAGCUUUAAUUGGACGGAACUGGUUUGAAGAACUGGGUGUAGAAAUGAAAAUUCCAAGAGUGAUUGCAAGAGAAAAUGUGAAGGCGGAGAAAGUGAAAAAGAAGAAAAAGAAAAAGAGGAAAAAAAAGCAUAGUGCAAGUGUCUUCAAGAUGGAAAACAUUCCUGAAGAAUUUCAAGAUUUGAGUGAAGUAUUUUCGCCUGGGCUUGGAAGGUUCAAGGGCCCCCCAGUGCGAAUUGAAUUGAAGGAUGGAGCAAAACCAAUACAACGAAACGCUCGCCAAGUGCCAUUUGCACUUGUUGAGAAAACAGAAAAGGCUCUGAUUGAGCUGGAAGAAGCAGGAGUAAUCGAGCAAACUUUGUCAUCUGAUUGGGCCACGCCGAUAGUAGUGGUAGAGAAAGGUGACAAGGUGCGAAUUUGUGCCGACUACUCGUCAACCGUAAAUCCGCAGAUCAAGCGCUCAGAUUACCCGUUACCAACAUUAGACCAACUGCUGAGUAAAGUGAAGAAAGGAUUCCAUUUCACCAAAAUUGAUUUAGCCGAGGCAUACCUCCAGUUUGAGGUGGACGAGGAGUCGUCCGAAAUUCUGACCAUAACUACCCAGAGAGGACGAUUCAAAUUUCGAAGAAUGCCACCAGAACUGGAGUACCUGGGCUAUUUGUUUACUCAAGAAGGAGUGAAACCUACUAAUGAGAAGAUCAAGGCCAUUCAAGACAUGCCUGCCCCGAAGAACCUCGAUGAGUUACGAGCCUAUCUCGGGUAUAUUAACUAUUACGAUAGGUUUUUCCCGAAAAAGGCUGAAAUGUUCCAACCCCUGUAUAGGUUGCUGAAGAAAGGGGCGCGUUUCUAUUGGUCCACAGAAUGCCAAACUGCCAUGGAGGAGGCAAAAAGAAUUGUGAGCAAGCAGGCAGCCCUAGCAUACUUUGACCCAAGCAAGGAUGUGAUACUAGCAUGUGACGGGAGUAACAAAGGAAUCGGUGCAGUGCUCAGCCAAGUUGAACAGGGAAAAGAGAUUGAUGUGGAGGCUCUAUCCAUUGUCUGGGCUGUCAAGAAACUGAAAAAGUUUUUGUGGGGACGUCAGUUCACGAUAAUCACUGACCAUAGGCCUCUUCUUGGUAUUUUCAGCCCUGGAAAACCAUUAUCUGACCACUUACCAGCAAAACUCAAGAGGUAUUACUUAUUCCUUCAGGAUUUCGACUUUGAAAUUGUGCAUAAGGCAGGCAAAUCACACUGUAACGCGGAUGUCCUUUCUAGGCUGCCUUUGGAAGUUGUUGAGGAGGAUCAAGAUGAACUUUUCUGUGAAGAAGCUGAAUCGUGGCAACGGCCUGUUCCACCAACGACCCAGAACUAAGAGAAUGACUUGAUUGAACGCAGGUCUCCUCCUUUGUUCAAUCGUAUUCUCCCAGUCACUCUUCUCAACAAUUUCCUUCUUCUCUGAUCAACUACUUGCUUUUCUUCUCUUAAACUAUUUCUCUCUCUCUACUCUACCUAAUCUUAAACUAAAUCCCACGGGAAACUCCAACUCACGAACGAAAACCACAAAGAAUUACAAUUUAAACUGAACCUCUAUUUAUUCUACUUGCUAACUUCACGGUACUUUACACUUGAAACGGCCAACAGCGCCUCUACCGGCAAAAGGAGGAAGGGAAACAAACUAACUCGAUGGGAGGAAUCGGGCCUCGGUUACCGCCGCCGCCGACAGGGCGCGCUCGGUUCACCGGCUUACACAAAACUCGCAACUUCCACUAAUCUGACAAAAAUAUGCAAAUUAGCGGCGAAAACAAUUCAACCGCUAAUUAUUCCGACAAUUUCCACGCAAAACCAAACAAUUUCGGGACUUACAACUCAAAAAUCGGCGGGGUUCAGCACCACGUGCGGCCGACGUAACUUCUCAAACCGGGCAAAAUGAACUAAAAAUCCAAUAAACUCACCAAAUAAACGCCUAACCAACACCAGACCAACUCAGGGAACAAUUCACACUACCAGAGAACUCGCAAAUCUAGGCCGAAAUUCGUCCGAAACCCGUCGGCAGCCAAGAGCUCGCGGCGCGCAGCUCUUGCUCCUUCAGCGUCUCAGCACGAACUCUCUCGCUCCACUGCCCAGCGCCAAUGAGAGAACGCAUCGGUCUGCUUCUACUCGCUUCCAGAAGGUUCCGGCCAAUCAGAUCGCGAGUUCUCAAAUCGGGCCUUAUAUGGUCAUUUUCUCCGGGGAUUACCCAAACAUGGACGGCGGAGAUGACGAGAAACGACAAAAUGGGUUUAAAUGACUUGAGCGGGCAAUUAAACUCAAACCUGAUGACUUAUUCGGGUCGGGACUGGGACGAGUUGGCCGGCGGCGAAUAAAAAGUGAGUCUAUUUGCUUUCUUUCUUCUUUCCGGCGACAGCAAAAACACGAGGCGGUUUGUUUACUUUCUGAUCGUUCCAAUGUUGACCGGUAGAUGGCCACGAUCCGCCACUCACCGAGAAAGCUCGGCGGACAAUCGCGGGCUAUUCAAGCGGGCUCUCUCUGGUUCAUGCCCCCCAAGUUUUUGUCAUAUGUCUCGAAGAAACAUUUGGCAAAAACUUACUAAAGGAGCUUAGGGCGAGGGAAUCGGGUGGAUGAUGACUUGGAUGAAUGUAAGGACGACACUCAGCCAAUCUCGGGUCAGCCACGCAGAAUGUGCGCAAGGGCAGCUUAUCUGGUGGUUCUGAGGGAGGAAUCAUGUAAGGGGUAGCCCUGCUUGAACGCCUGUCAGACGACUUUUGCAGUCUGACCGCCCUGGAUCCCACGUAGGUGUCCGAUUGUCUCAGGACACAUGGAGCAGUUUGGUUGUCAUCAGCCUUGUCUUCCUUCAGAGUGAUGUCAGGUCCAUGUGGCUCAUCCAAGAUGUUGCACCUGGUGUUGAAGAAUGUCUUUGGCAGUGCAGGUCCUUUAUCGCGCACAGUUGUUGUCACUUGUAGCAGCAGGCCAAAACCAGAACCAGCAUCAGCGUCUGCUAGCUUCACAAAAGGUCUCACUUCUGUGUAGUCGUGCUGUAAUGAGGCUUCUGUUCCAAUGGUCAGCAUCUCGUCCUUCACACAAUCCUCUAGCGCCAGCUGGUGGUCCUCGUUGAUGAUUGUGCACGUCUCCGGCUCAUAAAACAGGUCACUCAGUCCUAGGUUGACUUCAAGGUCAGAUCCAGGAUCCACAUCUAUGUUUCCCAUCUGCACCAGUACAGGGUCAUCUCCAGGUUCGGGGUCCUUUUCUGGCUCACAGUCAUCAUUAGGGGGAUUGGAGUUCAAUUUUUUAAACAGCUGGUUCAGCUGAUAAUAGGACAAUUGUAGGUACAGGGAGGGCUCUUCCUUCCUGAAAUAGGCUUGGGGUUUUGGAAACAGUUCCGUUUCACACCUGGGAACAUUGGCGGUGUGUUGAGGGGAUAAAGAGAGCAAUUGAUUAGCAUCAGAAACAUGUUGGUCAUGAAGUGGAGGCUGAAGAUCCUCAUUCACUGCCAAAGAGCUGGAAACUUUGCCGUCUGACUGCUCACCUCUACUAACUGCUGCUAACGGCCCCCCAUCCUGUGGGUGCUGAGAAAGCUCGGCAACACCUUUCGGAGAACCAUCAGGACUCGCCAGUUCUUGUUGUGUUGAUGUCAGAAGAUCACCACUAGAAAUACUCUCUGAAGACGUUACUGCUCGGUUAUGGACACCAAUAGUGUUCUGCGCUCUUUGUGCAUGAAAAUCAAUGUGAGCACCAUGAGCACCAUUGUUCGAACCUGGGCUGAAAGGAAUACCACAAUUGGCAACAUUGUCAACAGGAGCACUAUGAGCACCAACAGGGCUAACAGACUUGGGCACCAUCGGAGCACCAGAAUGAGCACCAACAGGGCUAACGUAUGAAGAAGCGUCACUAUCAAAAGGAUGCGAACCAUCCUGCAGGCUCUGAGGGAAGAAUUGCGUGCGGAAAGCCGAAGCAAAAGUCGCAUAGGAAUAACCUGGUGGCGUGUACACCUCAAAAGACUUAAACCAUAGAGCUGCAUGAGCCUCCAUAAGUACCUUCAUCAUGGACCUGCAAGCAACGUCAAUGGAGACAGGAAGAUGCAAAGCAUACGUCUCAAACUGAGCUAAAAAAUCUACUGGGUCAACCACGUCACCAAUGCCUUUGAAAUGUGGUGGCUUUUUGUGCAGCCAAGAGGACGAUGCUGGAAUGUGUGCAGUAUUCACCGGUUGGAAACCUACAGCGGCCUGUGGAGAGGGCUGAGCACCGCUGGCACCAAAAGCAAUAUUCCCCUGUUGAGCACCAGGCAUUUGCGGCACCAAAGCAUGCGCCGGUUGAGCACCAGGCAUUUGCGGCACCAAAGCAUGCGCCGGUUGAGCACCAAAAGUUUGACGAAGAUUGUUGUUCACCAUGGAGGCCGGUGUAACAUGAGCACCACAAGCAUUCUGCCCGCCAUAAGCAUACAGAUUGCCGUGGGCUGCAUGAGCACCAUAAGAAUUGGCUGGGAAAGGAACUGGGUGGGCACCACUAAGGUGAAAAGGGAGGUGAGCACCACUUGCUACGCCAAGCUGAGCACCAUUUGGAACCAUUGGGACACUAUGAGCACGAGCUGAGUUGACAAAGAAUGGAAUGGCGGGAGCACCACCGUUCACCAUUUGAGCACCAUUGUGCACCAUUUGAGCACCAGGAGGAAUUUGGGCUGAUUGUGCACCAGGAGGUCCACCGUCCAAGUAGGCACCGUUUUGCACCCAUUGUAGUUGUUGAGCCACCAGUCGGCGACGUUCCUCGGCAAUCAAUUGAUGAGAUAGUUCCACAGGGAUCCAUUUCUGCAACGGGGUGGGUGGUUCGCUCAAGCGCAAACUAUCGACAUAUGGGUAACAUGGAGUCGAUUGUGGGACAGGGAAAUGGUUUGGAGAAAAUACAUCCAUUGUAUUACUCCUUUAUUUACAGCAAAUUCACACAAUUUUUUUACAAAAUGCAAUUUCCAAUUUUCUAAUACUACAAGAAAAAAAUUCACUCAAAACUAAAACACCAAAAUUUUCCUACACCUCGCGGGUACUAUUUUCCACACUAACAAGGCCCCCAAGGACACUCACAAAGGGUUACCUUCAAAGACUUUCCACUAAAACCAAAAAUAAAUUUCUAAGCGCAACCAACUUUCCACUAAAAAGAAAAAUUAACACACCGGAUUACACCGUGGAGUCACGCCAGACGACGUGAGGCACGACAAGGCCAGGCCCCCAAGUUCUGAAUCGUGGCAACGGCCUGUUCCACCAACGACCCAGAACUAAGAGAAUGACUUGAUUGAACGCAGGUCUCCUCCUUUGUUCAAUCGUAUUCUCCCAGUCACUCUUCUCAACAAUUUCCUUCUUCUCUGAUCAACUACUUGCUUUUCUUCUCUUAAACUAUUUCUCUCUCUCUACUCUACCUAAUCUUAAACUAAAUCCCACGGGAAACUCCAACUCACGAACGAAAACCACAAAGAAUUACAAUUUAAACUGAACCUCUAUUUAUUCUACUUGCUAACUUCACGGUACUUUACACUUGAAACGGCCAACAGCGCCUCUACCGGCAAAAGGAGGAAGGGAAACAAACUAACUCGAUGGGAGGAAUCGGGCCUCGGUUACCGCCGCCGCCGACAGGGCGCGCUCGGUUCACCGGCUUACACAAAACUCGCAACUUCCACUAAUCUGACAAAAAUAUGCAAAUUAGCGGCGAAAACAAUUCAACCGCUAAUUAUUCCGACAAUUUCCACGCAAAACCAAACAAUUUCGGGACUUACAACUCAAAAAUCGGCGGGGUUCAGCACCACGUGCGGCCGACGUAACUUCUCAAACCGGGCAAAAUUAACUAAAAAUCCAAUAAACUCACCAAAUAAACGCCUAACCAACACCAGACCAACUCAGGGAACAAUUCACACUACCAGAGAACUCGCAAAUCUAGGCCGAAAUUCGUCCGAAACCCGUCGGCAGCCAAGAGCUCGCGGCGCGCAGCUCUUGCUCCUUCAGCGUCUCAGCACGAACUCUCUCGCUCCACUGCCCAGCGCCAAUGAGAGAACGCAUCGGUCUGCUUCUACUCGCUUCCAGAAGGUUCCGGCCAAUCAGAUCGCGAGUUCUCAAAUCGGGCCUUAUAUGGUCAUUUUCUCCGGGGAUUACCCAAACAUGGACGGCGGAGAUGACGAGAAACGACAAAAUGGGUUUAAAUGACUUGAGCGGGCAAUUAAACUCAAACCUGAUGACUUAUUCGGGUCGGGACUGGGACGAGUUGGCCGGCGGCGAAUAAAAAGUGAGUCUAUUUGCUUUCUUUCUUCUUUCCGGCGACAGCAAAAACACGAGGCGGUUUGUUUACUUUCUGAUCGUUCCAAUGUUGACCGGUAGAUGGCCACGAUCCGCCACUCACCGAGAAACCUCGGCGGACAAUCGCGGGCUAUUCAAGCGGGCUCUCUCUGGUUCAAAGCCAAAAUUUGUUUCAUGGACUUGCUGAACCCAACGUUGACAGUGGACAGAUUUAAAGAAGAAGCAAAAGUCGACGAAGAACUUUCUGCAAUCAAGCCUCUUCUGUUGCAAGAGAAAGCAGUGGUGCCGCAAAGCCUGCGAGAGAAAAUUUUGUGCUUGCUUCACUCGAACCAUUUCGGAGAGGUCCGAACAAAAUCACUGGCCCGUCAAUAUUUCUGGUGGCCAGAAAUGGACCUAGAGAUUUCAAAUUUGUGUGCAGCCUGUGAACCAUGCAGACUGUUCAACAAGGCGCCAAACAAAGCACCUAUUAUUCCAUGGGGGAAAACAUUCAUUAUUGGAGUUGAUGGGCUAUCUGGAUGGAUGGAUUGUGAGCGAACAAGAGGAAUGUCAGCAGACGACGUGAUACUCUUCUGUAGAAAGAAUUUCCGAUUCCAGGGAUUGUGUGAUGUGAUUGUUGCUGACAAUGGGCCCGCAUUUAGCCCUGCUUCAAAUGGUGUGGCAGAAAAAGGUGUCCAGACAGUGAAAGCCUUCCUCAAGAAAGUUAGUGGUGAUGAAAAGAAGUUGGACAGCUUUUUGUUGGGCCAAAAUUCUUGUCCUAAUCCCACUACUGGCAUCGCAGCAGCAGAAUUCAACCUUGGCCGAAGGCCUCAGACGGUCAUCGACAAAGUGCACCCAGAUCAACAACACAUAAGACGACAAAUUGAAAGGGAGAAGAGGGCAAUCGCCGCAGUCACAACUAAGCCUCGGGGAGGAGUUGAGGGUCAAGAAGUGGCGUUCCGACAAUUCACAGGAAGAGAUAAGUGGGUCCCUGGGCAAGCAGUCCGACUACUGGGCCCUCGUCGUGUGAGGGUGAAAGAUGGAGAGGGAAUUGAGCGUGAGAGGCACUUGGACCAGGUGAAAUUUCAGCCACCUCUCAGGCGCUCAUCGAGAGUGAGAAAAAAAUUAAAUCAGACUUAAGGGAGUUUAAAAUUGCUAACCAUUUUGCUAUUAUUUGCCACUGAUACAAUAAUUGUAUAAUUUAAUUUGAAGUGCUAUGCUGUAAUCCAACAUUAAUUAUCAAAAUUGUAAUUUUGAUCUGCCUCUGGAGGUUUGCUAUGUCUGAAAAAGAGUAAGCAUAGCACUUUUCUAUUGGCAUCAAAUUGGAUCUCCCGCCAAGGCGCAGCGCAGCGCGUUUACCUUUUGUUUUGGGUUAAUAAAAAGUUAGUAGAGAACAAGCAAGUAAACUCGAAACAAGCCAAGUUUUAUUCAAGUGAAAAGGUGCCCUUAUUUAGGUUACGCAAGCCAAAAGAACCUAAAAAGCAAGCAUAAUGAGAAGAAUAAGUUGUGUAGAUUAUAUUUAGGUAAUGAGUUAAG